GUGUGUGCGCGCUAGGUAGGUAUUGUGGAGCUGUGAUCGAGAUCGAAGUGAUUAUUCAUUCCAGAGAGGACUCCUCCUCUUGAAUGUGUGAUUGUGGUUUAGAACCUGCUGCUGCUGGUCGACGCCGAUCAAACUGACGUGCACUUUUUCCGUCCAACCGGAGGAUCCGUCCGAGUUUGACGGGAAAGACUGAGGUCUUCGUCUGCUUAGCGACCCCUCCUGAAGAUGGUCAGGAGAAGGUUCUCUGGGAUUCUUCUGCCUCCUGUGGUUAUGGUUGCUCCCAGUAAACAGUUAAGAAUGUCCUCCCUCUUCUGCCUAUGACAUGGUUUAACCCACAUAUGAUCCGGUCAUCAUGAUGGCCUCCAUGGUUGCCAAUGGAAACCAAGACGGGGAGUCUGUGGUUUUAAAAGGGGUGGAUCCAGAGACCUGCAUGAUUGUGUUCAAGAACCACUGGGCUCAGGUGGUGAAGAUCCUAGAAAAGCAUGAUCCCCUGCGCAGCGGCUCCGCCAUACCCUCCUUGAGUGUCCUCAGCCUCAGUGCUGGAUCUAUUGGUGGCCCUCGUUUUGGCCCUAUACCAGGAGAUGAGGCCAGCGCUGUGCAAAACUAUGUGGAGCACAUGCUGUUCCUGUUGAUGGAGGAAGAGAGCGGUCAGGGGGGCUCCAUGGGCCCCAUUCUGGAGUUUGUGGUGAUGGAGAAUGUGAUGGAGCGUCUCUUUGUAUGGAGCCUCCGCAGGGAGUUCACAGACGACAUGAAGCUGGAGCAGCUGAAGAUGUAUGAGAUGCUGGUGGGGCAGGCGCGCCAGCCUCUGCUGCAUCACAAACCCAUCCUGCGGCCCCUCAUGAUGCUGCUCUCCUCUUGUUCGGGCACGACAAUGCCUGUGGUCGAAGCAGAGCUGGUGCUGCUGCUCAACCAGCUGUGCUACGUUCUGGCAAAGGACUCUUCAAUUCUGGAACUGUUUUUUCACACCAGCGAGGAUCAGGGGGCCACUAACUUCCUCAUCUUCUCCCUGCUUAUCCCCUUCAUCCACAGAGAGGGCAAAGUGGGGCAGCAGGCCAGAGAUGCCCUGCUGCUCAUUAUGUCAUUAUCUGCUGAGAAUGAGCGAGUGGCCAGACACAUCUCGCAGAACACCUACUUCUGUCCGGUGCUAGCCACAGGGUUGAGCGGCCUGUACUCCUCUCUGCCCACUAAGCUGGAGGUUCCCAAUGAAGAGUGGCACUGUUUGCACAAAGAAGACUGGCUCCAGAUGCCAUCACUCAUCCAGUUUCUCAACUCUCUGGAGUUCUGCAAUGCUGUUACUCAGGUGUCACACCCUGAUAUCAGAGACCAGCUGCUUAGUUAUAUCCACAAUGGGUUCCUCAUUCCCGUCCUAGCACCAGCUCUCCACAAGCUGACCCUAGAGGAGGUGAUGACCACCACAGCGUACCUUGACCUCUUCCUGAGAAGCAUUUCUGAGCCAGCCCUGCUGCAGACUUUCCUUUCCUUCAUCCUCCUCCACCAACAUGAGAACGUCCAUAUCUUGGACACACUGGUCAGCCGCAUCAACACCCCCUUCCAGUUAGGCACUGUGUCACUGGCACUUUUUCGCACUCUCAUUGGCUUAUACUGUGAAGAUGUGAUGCUGCAGCUCAUACUGAGGUACCUGAUCCCCUGUAAUCACAUGAUGUUGAGUCAGAGAUGUGUGGUGAGGGAGAGGGACUGCUACUCUGUAUCGGCAGCCAGGAUUCUGGCUUUAACACCAUCCUGCUGCUCUCCUGACCACAGCCCCCCGCCCCUCCGACAGCUAGACUCCAUCCUCUUUUCCAAAGGUGUAGAGACUCCUGACAGCACCAGCUUGGUUCCUUCUAGCACAGAAGUGAAAGAGCACUUCUCAGAAGAGAAUGAUGACUCAGGGAACUCCUGCACCAUCGGGUCAGAAAUCUACCUGGAUGUCAGUUACCUUCAUUACCUCCGCGAUGCCCGUCUGAAUAUCACCAGCUGCAUACGAGCCUGCAAGGUUUGGUCAGCCCCAUACGACGGGAAGGACCCCCCUCCUGAAAAAUACCAGCCCGGUGUCCUUGAGGAACAGGGGCUGACUGGUCGACAAAACCAGAUGGGUCUAAACAGAGCUCCACAGCUGCUAGAGCCACGCCCUCAACCCUGCCCACCGCAGAAUACACAGCCACCCUCUGUCAACCAGCUGGAGCUGGAGUGGGAUGAUAGUUACGACGCGUGCCCGGUGCAGACUGAAGAGGCUCCUGCGGAGAGUAAACCUCUGCAGGAGCCUCCUGCUGAGCCCCCAAAGCAUAUCCAGGAGAUGAGGAGAACAGCCAUCAUGUUGGUCAAAGGUUCAUACAUUGAGGAAAAUGAGUUCCAGGAUGAUGUCAAAGUCUAUGAUCUUGUUGCCAAGAAAGACACUAAAGCUGCUGAGCAAGGGAAGCUCAAACCCAGCCGGUCAGAAUCAGAGGGACCACAAGGCUCAGCAGAAGUUCCCCUGAGAAAUGGACUUCCAACCUCUGGGAUGGCUGAAAAUGGCCAGAAGAAUUUGGACACAAGGGCUAAAGGUCAAACAGACCAUAAUUCAAAUCUCCAAAACACACCUGCUUCUGAGUUGAAUGAUGACCUUUUGGCUCAAUAUGAGGAACUCAUUCAUACGUUGGACACAGAAACGGGUGGCAAACCGGUUAAAGCUGAUAGAGAGCUGAAGAAGUCUGUCAGACCUGUGGCAGAGGACGAAGAGGAGGAGAUGGAUUUCACGUCCUUCUCAGCUGAAACACCGGAGCCAGAGAAACUGCAGUUACCGUUUGGGAACACGUUUUCCAGCAGAAGUGCAAGUAGAAGCCAUUCAGUGCCCUUUACAGGUCCAUUUGUGAGUGUGUUGUUGUCUCGUCUGGAGAACAUGCUGUCUAACUCGCUUCAUGUCAACUUGUUGCUGACGGGCAUCCUGGCUCAGUUGGCGGCCUACCCUCAGCCCCUCCUGCGUUCUUUCCUCCUCAACACCAACCUAGUCUUUCAACCAACUGUUCGCUCCUUGUAUCAGGUACUAGCUACUGUGAAGAACCAGAUAGAACAGGUGGUUGCCACCAGAAAAGACUUCCCCGAGCUGCUCACCGCAGCCCAGCACUGGCUGCUGGCUAGGGAGGCGUCAUUCACAGCAGCUGGUGACAAUACACCCACAUCGAGGAUGUUUCUUUACAGAAACAGCAGCAGUGGCUCCAUCCAUGGCGAGGCGAUGAGGCUCUUGAAGAGUUCCCCGCCACCAAAAUCCAAAGCCAUCUCUCUGGAUCAGACAGAAGUCUUUGCUACCGUCCUCUUCACAGAAUUCCUUAAAGAACUGGCUGCAUUUGCACAAGAGCACUCCAUCUUAUCUUACAUUCCUAUGGAAGAGUAAUCAUGUCCCAGUAGGCCUCUGUGAUGAGUCCAGCUUCAUUGUGAAAGAGCUUAUAGUUGUCUCUCUGUUUCAGGCACUGCUGCUUAGAUUCCAAGCUAAGAUAAUCACUUUCUUUUUAAUUUUAUAUUUGUAGCUCUGUAAAAUGUCCAGACUUUGAGCUGGAAAGUCUCAAUCUGUUUGCUGAAGACUGUGUCCUCGAAAAGCGAGGUCCACAACCAAAGACUGCAGAGGGAUGAUUUUAACAAAAACAGGAUUUUUUUUUAAAGCGGUCACCAGCCCUUAUCUGAACUCCCUUCGGUAUGCAUAUCUUCUACAACCAGCUCUAACAGAACUGUGUGGCUCUGUUAAAUCCUCAGGUGGCCUUUACAUGAUUGUUGUGGCUUUUUUGCCAUAGGAUUACACAUCUAGAAAUAAAAUUUUUAACUGUUUGUAUCUGGGUGGCAGCAGAGCAGCCAUCAUCGCAGAAACAUACAGUCUGCUCACUUUGUUCUCUGUUCUUAUGCAGGUUGGUUACUUUUGUCUUUAAACUUUACAAAGUGGUGUUCCCACAAAAUCCUUGUGUGUGUGUGUGUGUGUGUGUGUGUGUGUGUUAGAUGCACAGUGUGUUGGUGUUUUUCAUUCAUGAUGGUACCUCAGGAGUCUUUUAAUGCAUUUUCAGUUCGCUUAGAUCUUAUAAAGCAAUUUUCCUGUGAUGCACUAGUUUCUUGCAUUGCUGGGCUCCACAUGUUCUCCAGAACCUAACACCAAAUCCAGGACUCUUCAUGCAAUAUUUAAAUUGCCUUACUUUAGUGAUGCUUUAUAAUGUACAUACCAUAAGAAAAAAAUUGUUGUAAUGACAUAGAAUACUAUGCAAAUCAAGGACA